AUGUUUGCCCCGCUACCGCUGCAGCAGCGAUGGAAGACGCUUCUUCUGUUUGCUGAGCGUUGGCGUGUCUCCCUGCCGUCGAAGCACGCAGGCGACAAGAAGGAUGCGUGCCGCGAGGUGAUUGGCCGCCUGGCUGUGAAGGUGGGCCGCGUGAUCUCCCGGAAGGCUGAGGUGCAGCAGGGCGGGCAGGACGUCCGGUUGGGCACCCUUGUUGGGAGCAUCGGCACGCGGAGGAGUUCCCGGCAAAGCAAGGCCUCCGUCAUGAUUGAUGCAAAUGAUGAUUUGGCGGCGAGAGACCGUUUGUGGAGCCAACACGGUGCGGAGAGGUCGUCGGUCAGCUUCGUGACGAUUGAAUCCCGCCCACCUUCUACGUUUUUCACCUCAUGA